AUGUAAACGACAGUACAUGCAGUUCUCUUAAAAAUGGGCGCACGUAACAUGGAGCAAAACAAACAAGGUGGCCGCUUGGUCCCGCCCUCUCGUCUUUCGUGGGCCACUUUCAAACAAGAGGGCGGGCUCAAAAGGCUUUUUGGACCAACCAUCGUUCGCCUUUAGGUUUAAACAGCGCCUGCGUGUCAAUCAUGUUUGUUGUGCCCGCCCCCUCUCUGCCUCCCUGGCGUCAAGCUCGCUAACCAAGUCGGUCUACCUCAUCGCCAUAUUGGCUUCGGGGAAGCUCCUGUGUGCAUUUUCUCUGUUUUGUUUUUAUUUUCCCAGCGGAUUUAAAGUGACAAGAAGCGGCUGCGAGUUGGCGGAGGCGACGCAGAGCUAUCGCGGUUAUCGGUUGAAUGGCGUGAACGGCUUUUUUUUCUCCCUUUUCCCCUCUUCAACCUACGUAGCUUAUUAUAUUUUUGGAUCUUACCCAGCGAAGAGUUGUUGUUUUUCACCCCGAAAAAAAGUGGACGCUCCCGGCUGUGUUUGUGUGUGUUUGUCGGUGGUGGUGGAGGGGUGGGGGGGGGGGGGGGGAUAAAAACAACACAAAAAAAUGUCCGAUGUUCGACUUUCCAGCGGGAGCCCGACGUUGGAGCGGAACGAGCCGCGCUUGUCGGGGCACCCGAAGCCGUCAGCCUGCCGCAACCUCUUCGGCUCGGUGGACCACGACGAGCUCCGGCGGGAUUUAAAGGGACACCUGCGGGAGUUGGAAGAGGCCGCCGCCGCUAAGUGGAGCUUCGAUUUCGCCUCGGACGACCCGCUGGAAAACAACGCCGGGUUCCGCUGGGAGCUGGUGGACUGUUGCGACGUGCCGGACUUUUAUACGCGGCCGCCGAGGCGGGGGGCUUCGGGGAAUAACCGUGUGGAUGUAAACGGAAACCACCGCUGUGUCGUCGGGGAGCCCGAGGAGGAGCGAGCCGGUGGGCCGACGUCGUGCCCGGAGCAGUGCACCGCGUUGAGGAAGAGACCUGCCUGUCACGAGCCCUCAACCCAAAGUAAGAGGUCGCACAGCAGCCCGGCUGAGUUUCCGAACCGGAGCCGUGCCGCCGAACACACGCCCAGAAAGAGCAGCGGAAGCCCGGGGAGACAAACGUGAGACCGACGAACUGAAGAAGCAUUUUUCUCGGCGUACGUUUGGGGGGAAACCCUCCAGUGUUGGUCAACUUUUUUUUUUUUUUUCUCGUUUUGGAAGAAGAGGAAGUACACGCAUCAUGAGAAACAUAUCAGCUCUCCUCAAGGACGCUGUUGAAGCACUGAAUAAGAAAAACACUAUUAAAAAAAAAAAAAAAAAAAAAAA